AUGGAAUUUUAUAGGGAUAGCACCUGGGUUCUUGAGUACUUGGAAGGCCAGAUAGAAAAGACAGGUAGAGUGUCAGGUUCUUUACAAACGAUUGUGCUGCGAUGCUGUAAGCAGUACAGGAUAAAGACCAACCCAAAACACAUAUAUGCGAUUGUAUCAUCAUGUUGGAAGUACAAGCCUUAUUUGGAUAAGAUAAUGAAAAAGUCUGGUCUCUUGGAUGCUAUUCCUAGGAAGAAAGGUAAGCCUGCAUUCUCGAAACUAACUUUACUCCUACUAUGCCAUGAUCUUUUGCUGUCUAAAGCUAAAAGAAUUCAGAUGGGUAAACACCCGAUUAAGAAUUAUGUGCUGAAGUACAAAAAUGCACUUAAUGCAGAAUUUGUGAAACUAAAAAUUAAAUUAAAGAUCACAGAUCUAAGUCAAGUAGUUGACAAAGAUGAUGCCGCAGAUGAUAUGACCCCAGUUCGUUGGAUUAGAAUAAAUCCACUAAGAAUAAGCAACCAUGAUACUGAUCAGGUUCUCAACGAACUGAAGAAAAAAUUUCCUACCAGAGUAAACACUUGGAAGGAUAUUAUACCAGGGUCUAUAUACUACGACGAAUUUAUCCCAAAUUUAUAUGGUAUACAUAUCAGUGAUAAAAUUACGUCUCAUGAACUAUACAAACAGGGUAAAAUUAUUAUUCAAGAUAGAGCAUCCUGCUUCCCAGCACAUAUAUUAAAUCCUUCUGCUGAUGACGUUGUUAUCGAUGCUUGUUCUGCUCCAGGUAACAAGACUACUCAUGUUGCCGCACACAUAUUCGGCGAUCCUGAGAACCCAAGGAAUGAUAAUGUACAGAUUUAUGCGUUUGAGAAGGAUCCGGAAAGGGCCCAAAUUCUACAAAAAAUGAUUAAAACUGCUGGUUGUCACAAGAAUAUUGAUGUGAAUGUUGGAGACUUCACUCAAAUUGCGACUCCUUCUAAAUAUUCUGAUGUCACUGGGUUCAUAUUGGAUCCUAGUUGUUCUGGAAGUGGUAUAUUUGGUAGAAAAUCUGUGGACAUACUUAAUAAUCACGGCAAGAAGUCCAACGAUGAAGUACCUGACGAGAACGAUGCCGAGGAGACUACUGACUCUAAAAACGAACAAUUGAAGGAAAGACUAAGUAAAUUAGCUUCAUUCCAAUUUCAAAUUGUCAGACAUGCUAUGAGUUUCCCAAAUGCCAAGAAAAUUGUAUACAGCACCUGUUCUAUCCAUGCAGAGGAAAACGAAAGAGUUGUUAUUGAUUUGCUUCUGGAUAAGAAAGUGCAAUCUUGGGGCUGGAGAGUAGCGAAAAAGGAAUUAGUAUUACCAACGUGGUACAGAAGAGGGUUUAAAGAAGAAUUCCAAGAGGUAUUCACUGACAAAACAGAACAAGAAUGUCAGGAAUUGGCAGAUGGUUGUGUUAGGGCUUUACCAAAAGAGGACGGUGGAAUCGGUUUUUUUGCUGUAUGUUUUGUUAGGGACUGA